CGCCGGAGCGCGGAGCUUAAGCGGGAGGAGGCGGCGGAGGGAGCCGGGCGCCGGAGCCGGGCCCCGCUGCAGGAACCUCCCAAAAGCUGAGCUAGCUCCGGCAAUGUGUGCUUCAACCUCAUUAUCAGUGUGUACAUACCAGGAAAGUAUAGUUCUAAGGGAUUAGGAGUGCAAGCGGCCCUACGAUCUGGAAAAUCCACAUAAAUCUUUUUGGGUUCCCUUCAUACCAGAGAAGGAAAUGGCUCUGAAAGUUAAAUGAAGCCAAGAAAACAUAUGAAUAGAUUGUUGUUACAUAUUCUGGGAAGAGCAUAUCAGACAAUAAUUGGAUUUGGGUAACCAGUCAUAAUGAAGAAAAUUAGUCUUAAGACCUUUCGGAAGUCAUUUAACUUGAAUAAAAGUAAGGAAGAGAAUGAUUUUGUGGUGGUACAACAACCAUCACUAACCACUGACUUUGGAAAAGAUGAUUCCUUGUUUAGUAGCUGCUAUGGUAAAGAUUUGGCCAGCUGUGAAAUCAACAGCGAAGAUGAGAAAAGUGGGAAAAAUAGAUCCAAAAGUGAAAGUUUAAUGGGUACUUUAAAAAGGAGACUUUCAGCAAAACAAAAGCAGAAAGGCAAGGGCAGCCCACCAUCUGUGAACUCUGCAGAUGAGGACACCUUCUCCUCUUCAUCAGCUCCUAUAGUUUUUAAAGAUGUAAGAGCUCAAAGACCAUUAAGAUCAACCUCUCUUCGUAGUCAUCAUUAUAGUCCUACUCCAUGGCCUCUUCGUCCCACAAACUCAGAGGAGACCUGUAUCAAAAUGGAAGUAAGAGUCAAGGCUUUGGUUCACUCCUCCAAUCCAAGCCCAGCACUGAAUGGCGUUCGGAAAGAUUUUCAUGAUUUGCAGUCUGACAGUGUGUUCCAAGAACAAAACAGUGCAUUAAAAAGUACAGAAUCUCAAAAUGGAGACCUGCAUCUUCACAUCGAUGAACAUGUGCCUGUAGUUAUUGGACUUAUGCCUCAGGACUACAUUCAGUAUACUGUGCCUUUAGAUGAGGGAAUGUAUCCUUUGGAAGGAUCACGUAGUUAUUGUCUGGACAGCUCCUCUCCCAUGGAAGUUUCAGCUGUUCCUUCUCAGGUAGGAAGGAACUCAUUCCAUGAGGAUGAGAGCCAGGUAGACCAGGACAUAGUAGUUGCCCCAGAUAUCUUUGUGGAUCAGGCAGUUAACGGCUUGUUGAUUGGCACCACGGGAGUCAUGUUGCAAAGCCCAAGAGUUAAUCACAGUGAUGUCCCUCCACUCUCACCAUUGCUACCUCCAAUGCAGAAUAAUCAAAUCCAAAGGAACUUUAAUGGACUGAAUGGCACAGAUACACAUGUGUCUGAAAGUAUGCGUUGUCAUUUGAAUUUUGAUCCUAACACUGCUCCUGGAGUUGGAAGAGUUUAUGACUCUGUACAAAAUAGUGGCCCUAUGGUUGUGACAAGUCUCACAGAAGAACUGAAAAAACUUGCAAAACAGGGAUGGUACUGGGGACCAAUUACACGCUGGGAAGCAGAAGGAAAACUGGCAAAUGUGCCGGAUGGUUCUUUUCUUGUUCGUGAUAGUUCAGAUGACCGUUACCUUUUAAGCUUGAGCUUUCGCUCCCAUGGUAAAACACUUCACACUAGAAUUGAACAUUCAAAUGGUAGGUUUAGUUUUUAUGAACAACCAGAUGUAGAAGGGCAUACUUCUAUAGUUGAUCUAAUUGAACAUUCAAUCAGGGACUCUGAAAAUGGAGCUUUUUGCUAUUCACGGUCUCGGUUGCCUGGAUCUGCAACCUACCCUGUCAGACUGACCAAUCCUGUAUCACGGUUCAUGCAGGUACGUUCAUUGCAGUACCUGUGUCGUUUUGUUAUACGUCAAUACACCAGAAUAGACUUGAUUCAAAAACUGCCUUUGCCAAACAAAAUGAAGGAUUAUUUACAAGAAAAGCACUACUGAAAGCUUAUGGGAAUCUUGCAUCUUGCACUUUGGGAACAAGAAAAAGAGAUUGAAAUACAGUUUACAAACUUUCAUUGCUAUCAGAAUCUUUUGCUGCCAUAACUAUUUCGGUUUUAUGUGUAAACAAGAGUAACACAUUGUUUUGUUUGGGGAUGGGGAGGUGUUGGCAAGGUGUCUUAGGUUUAUUUUUUGCUUUUUAAAGGAAAAAUCUUGAGGUUAUUAGAAGUGUGAAAUCUUUCAUCAAUGUGCAGAAUAAUCACAAUGUGAAUUAUCAGAUUAUACUUAGUUUUCCCCCCAAAUCCUUUGCUGCUAUCCACUGUGAUUUUUAUGCAUUAAAAGCACAUUUCAUGUGUAUUCAAUCUUAAGUAAAGUUGAAUGAAACUUGUUAGUCGUCUCUUCAGAAAGACCCAUUUUCAAAAGAUUAUAAUCUUCAAGAAACUAGUAUAAAAAAUGAAAAUUGGUAUUAGUCUCAUCUUAUGUUUUUAAAAAGUACUUUUAAUUUGGAAUGUAUAAAAUUACAUAACUUUAGGUAAAUGGAACAAAGAUAAUGCAGCAUAUCUUUUGAAACAGUCAUUUUUUGUUAUUGUUAAUUAUCUGAGUUUUUAUUUGGUUUUUGAUUCCAAGAAGUUAAAUAUUUCAUUGCUUCCAUUUUCAUCUUAUGGUUUGCUUGGCUGUCCCCCCCAAAAAAAUGGCAUUCCUUUGAAGAACCUUGAAAAAUAUGUACACACUAGUAUAGGACAUGAAGUCUCUUCUUUACUUAAACAUGGACACAAAUUGGCAUAACAUAAAUUUCAUCAUGAAAAUAGAUCUAUUAAUUGAAGAAAUCGUACAUGAUAAUAGAUCACAUAGGGUAUUCUUUGCCAACUUUCAUUUUUGUUUACCUACCUUGCUUUCUGGCAAAAAUGUUUUAUAUGUGAUUUAAUUUGACAUUUUCUUUGUUAAAACUUGAUUGUACAAAAUUAUUCUUAAUUUGAUUAUAUUUCAACUCUAACAGAAAAAAAUUAAAAUCUACUGUUUUGUAUUUGAAGUUAGAGUGACAUUUUUUUCACAUGUGAUUAUGGAAAGGUGCUUGAUUUACACAGAAUUUCAUUUGAUGAUAAACUGUAUGGAGUCUAUUUAAGAAUUACCAAGGCCAUAUCAGGAGUACUGUGGUCCUAAUGCCUCCCAUUUGGAAAGUGGUUUGUAAAUUCAGCAAUCUGGGCUCAAAAGAAUUCAGCAUAUUUCUCUUUCAUGGACCCCAUACUACUCUGAUGUAAAAUUAUACAUUUUGUUUAAAGAACACCAGAACCUAAUAUGUUUUACUUUGAGAAGUUCAUCCCUUCAUAGGUACUUUAAUGUCCAAUUCAUAACAAAUUAAAUUAUUUUUCUUAAUGAUGAGAAAUUCUUUUUCUUCCAACCCUACUUCUCUCAGUUUGUAAUGUCUAUUUUAUCAUUAUUUGGUGUUAUAAUGCACUGUUUUGGAAUUGCAUAAAAUAAACUUAACUUCCUUUAUCAAGAGAAAAAGCUUUAAAAGAAACAACCCAUUAUAAGAUGAAGAUUUGGAGGCUUUUCCCUUGUUAUUAACAAGUUGUCGUUUUUCUUUCCAUUUAUUCCCACUUAAUGUAGAACUUGCUGAUUUGUCCGUAUAUGUAUGUAAACUUGCAUCCUGAUUUUUUUCUUUGCUUUUGGAGAAUAAAAACUGCCGAAAUUUUAUGCAGGAAAGACACCCAUGAGAUUUGGCUUUUACUUGGAGUGAAGGAAGGAUGGUAUUUCAUUUUUAUGGAAUUGUACCUUGUUGGGAAGAAGCCUCUUUAAUUUUCUUUACUUUUAAAAUGUAUUUCAUUUAAUAAAAUUGAGUAGAUUUUAAUAAUGCAAAUGUUCACUAUUAGCGAUUUGAAUUAAGAAUGACAAAAAGAUAUUGAACUCAUGUGAGAUACUGUUAUGGUAUAUUGUUUUUUCCCCAGGGGACUGAUUUUAAACAUUACAUUAGAUUGAUGCAAAAGGCCUGGUGCUAAAUUCCUAUUGAUGAUGGGCAUUACUAGAGAGAUACUUCAAAGAAAUUCUUUAGGAAAAUAUUGAUAAUACCUUCUCUUAAAGAAACAUGUUUACUCAUUUUACUACAAAGAUGCCACUUUAUUAAGCCCCUUCAGCAGAAGUGCUCAGUGACUUUUAGACUAUCCUAUAUUUCAGUUUGGUCACAUGGAAUAAUUUUUCCAUAGUCUAAAGCCUGAAUUUUGAAAUGAUUUCAUAUAUUGACUGUGUUUGAGAUAUCAUCAUUGAAUUCUGAAUUAAGCUUGUAUUUUUUUUGGCUCAGUUUACCUAAAUUUUUUUAUAGUCCUCUUUUAUGUUUUUGGAAUACAAAUACUAAUAGUCUUCUAAUUCAUAUUGCUACUUGUUGAUGUGCUUUCACAUGUGUCCUUAAUAUAAAAUAAUAUUUUAAACGAGUUUUAUCCCUAAAGCUGACAUAAUUUGAAGUUACUAUAACUUGUCCUCAAAAUUAAAAAAAAAAACAUGUGCCAAGAAAUUAAUGUGUAAUCAUAAACAUAAUGGAGAUUGAAGUACAUUGCAGCUAUUCAGUCAUAGUAGGUUCAGGUAGUACAAUAUAACUAGGAAUUUUGUGUUUGUGAUGUUAAAGGAGGCUGGUUGAAAAUGGUUAAUGGUUAAUGCAGUUACCCAGUUAUUGGGUUUGCAUGAUUCAGUUUGACUCGUUUGUCCUUCUCUGCCUACAUUGACUGAUUUUUGGAGAACUGUAUCAAAUGAUGAUGGCUUGUGUGUUACAUAGGUAUAGCCCAAAUCUAUGCUGACAAAAUCUUUGCUUAUGAGAAGGAAAUAAAUAGGAAAUUUUUGUCAAUUUUUGCCAAUAAUAAUAGAUGAGGAAGAUGAAUCUUUAUAAAUCAUAUUAAAUGACAAAAGCUAUUUUCACAGUUCCAAUACACUACUGUGUAAAAUGAAUAACAAUACGAUUGAGAGUACUUGAAGAUGUCUUAAAAAACAAACAAACCACAAAGGAAAAAUAGUUCUCAUCCUACUUGGUGCAAUACUCUUAAAGUUUGGAAGGCAAACCCUUAAGUUACAAAGUGAGUAUAGAAUGAAAAACAAUUUUUAAAUCUAGAAUUUCUGAACCAGCCAUUUAGAUCAGCCAUCUUGCUCUUAAAGAAAACAAUGUGCCAAAAGGCUAAAUUAUUGGAAUAUGAUGAAUACAAUUAAUUACACAUUAAACAUUACUUUAUAAUUGCUGAGCCAGUAUUAUUAAAACAGGAUGGAAAUUAGUAAAGUCUUAAGUAGGAAAUGAAUAUGCAAUGUCUCGAUUUUGCUGGUGCCACAAAAGUCUAAAUAUUUUUCUUAAGAUCACUGCUUUCAGAAAUGCCAAUUUUAAAAUAUUGUAUAUUUCAUAGUUUUCAUGAUAAGAGAUUACUUUAUGACUGAUUCAGAAGAAUAAUUUUUAUUUUAAUCCUAACUGCAUUUCAUAGUAUGUGAAUUAUGAAUUUGAAAAUGGAAUCACACUACCAGCAAUAGAUAGUAUUAUUGAAUACACUAAUAAGGAACAAUCCCCUGUUCCAGGAAUAACUUUUAAAUCCUAAACUAAAAUUAUUGGUACGGUAGUAAUCGCAAAUUUGGUUUCUUUUAAUACUUUUUUAAUCCUGUAAAGAAUGUUUUUUAUAAACAUCCUUUUUAUUAAUAGUUAAUCAUAACAUGGAAAAAUGUUGUGUAGUUGCUGUAUCUGAAAAGUGUUCCAAACUCUACAACCACAGAUCAUGACAAAUUCUUAUAGAAUUUUGUAUUAAGUAUACAUGUUGGGUUAAAGAAAUUUUAUAGUGGUGAUGGAGUGCCAUGAAAUUAAUACUUGCAAUCCAAAUUGCUGUAGUUUACACUUUUCUGUAUGUUUCAAACCAGGUGUGUACCAUUUGUACUGAGCACACCACAGAAUGAGAAUUAUCCAAAGUUCAUUGAUUUUAAUAUGUGUUUUGGUUUGUAAACAAAAUUAUAGUAAUUUCUUGCACAUUUUUGGAAAAUAAUUGUAUAAGAUCUUAUGUAUCUGCUUCUAG